UUUUUCAAUUUCUUAAUUUCUUUAAUCUCACAUUACAUCUAAUAAACUAUGACCAAGGCACAACACUUACAAAAGAACCCAGACGACGUCGUUAUCGUCGCUGCUUACCGUUCAGCAUUAGCCAAGGGUGGUAAAGGUUCGUUCAAGGAUACAACCACUGAAGUUCUUUUAAAGACCUUCACCGAGGAAUUCCUCAAGAAGACCAAAGUCGACCCAAGCAUCAUCCAAGAUUCUGCCAUUGGAAAUGUUUUAAAACACCGUGCUGGUGAUUUCGAACACCGUGGUGCCCUUAUGGCUGGUGGUUUGCCACAUACUGUUCCAUUCGUCGCUUUGAACCGUCAAUGUUCUUCUGGUUUGAUGGCCAUCAGUUUGAUUGCUAACCGUAUCAAAUGUGGUGAAAUUGAAUGUGGAUUAGCCGGUGGUGUUGAAAGCAUGAGUAAGGAUUACGGUCCUCAAGCCAUUCCUCGUAUUGACCCUUCUUUAGAAAAUGACCCAGAAUUCAUCAAAAAUGGUACUUCCAUGGGUAUCACUAACGAAAAUAUUGCUGCAAAGUUCAACAUUUCUCGUGAUUACCAAGAUGAAUUUGCCGCUCAAAGUUAUGCAAAGGCCGAAAAGGCUCAACGUGAAGGUAAAUUUAAGGAUGAAAUCUUACCACUCAAGGUCCAAAUUGAAGAUGAUGAUGAUGACGAUGAUGAAGACGAUGACGAAGACAAACCUCCAAAGAUGAAGGAAAUCACCGUCGACAAAGAUGAAGGUAUAAGACCAGGCGUUACCAAGGAAAAACUCGCAAAGAUCAAGCCAGCUUUCAAAGAUGAUGGUGUUUCCCACGCAGGUAACUCCUCUCAAGUUACCGAUGGGGUAGCCCUUGUCCUUUUAAUGAAGCGUAGCUUUGCCGAAAAGCACGGUUUCAAGCCACAAGCCAAGUUUGUCAACUGUUCUGUUGCUGGUGUCCCACCUGAAAUUAUGGGUAUUGGUCCAGCCGUGGCUAUUCCCAAAGUUCUUAAAACAACCGGAUUAUCUGUUAGUGAUAUCGACAUUUAUGAAAUCAAUGAAGCUUUUGCAGGUCAAUGUUUGUAUUCCAUAGACACUGUCGGUAUUGAUAGAAAGAAGGUAAACUUGAAUGGAGGUGCUAUCGCUAUGGGUCAUCCAUUGGGUUGCACUGGUGCAAGACAAUAUGCUACUAUAUUGAGAAUAAUGAAACCAGGAGAAAUUGGUGUCACCUCAAUGUGUAUUGGUACUGGUAUGGGUGCCGCCAGUGUGUUAGUUAGAGAGUAGGCGUUUAGCUAAUGUAUUAGUCUAUUUAUUAUAGUCAAUGUAUGUUACAUUUUUUUU